CUUGAUUCCUCUGUAACAGGGCAGAGACUUCAAGGGCUUCCAGAUCAAUCCACUCUCUCGCCCACGGAGGAUUUCAACCAAACAUUUUGAUCGCGCACACUGUUUAUUCGUCACAUGCUUUACUGCCAGAAGAUUUUCCACUCUGACCGCAGAAUUGCUGUCUUCACUAUGGGAACGGGCGAUGGGUGUCGCGGCCAAGUUGUUCCAGUCCAGGAGGCCCGGAAAGCCACAAAGUGUCUGUUGUGCUGCUGAAGUGCUGCUCAAUCCCAUUCAUAUGCAAAUGCUGUAAUCUGUCGACGAACGUGGAGAAUACUAACGAGGAGCGACGGCGAGGCAAAGCUCCAACUUUUCACCGUGGACAGAGGCGCGCAUGUCGGGCUCCUGGAAAAAUGCGCACCUCGCCUCCCGGAGACGCGCGUUUUGUUUUGGCCGCAGCACCGGUGAAUGCGUGGAGGGUUUGUCGGAGGACGACGUGGUGCUGCUGCACUCCUGCCGUCAGUGGACCACUGUGACGGCCCACAGCUUGGAGGAGGGACACUACGUCAUCGGGCCCAAGAUCGACAUCCCACUGCAGUACCAGGGGAAGUUCAAGUUGCUGGAUGAGGACCGCGACGUCCGGGAUCCGGUCCAGUAUUUCUCCAGUGUGGAGGAAGUUGCUGGAGUCUUCCCUGACCGGGUCUUUGUCAUGGAGACAAUCACUUUCAGCGUCAAGGUGGUUUCUGGGGAGUUCAGUGAGGACAGCGAGUCCUACAGCUUCACUCUGCAGGCUGGAGACGAGCUGUCACUGAUGGGGAAGGCCGAGCUUCUGUGUGCCACACCCCCGAAGGAAAAGACGGGACUGAGCGCGCUCCUGAGACGCCUGGGAAAAACUCCAAGAAGUAAGACGCCCUGUCUGGUCUGUAUGAACCACCGCACCAACCAGAGUGUCAGCCUGCCCUUCGGUUGCCGUGGACGCUUCUGCACGCGUUCACCCCUGGAGCAAGGCAUGCUGGGAGGGGAGCACACAGUCCGCAGCAUCAUCGAGAGAGUCCGCCUCCCUGUGAAUGUCUCGGUGCCUUCACGCCCACCGCGGAACCCCUACGACCGCCACGGCGUGCGCGAGGGCCACCGCUACAAGCUGCUGAACAUCGUCAGCAAGACGGUGGUGCUCUGCUUGGUCCUCCGGCGGCAGGAAGUGUCUCCCUCGCACUUCCUGCUGUUGCGCUGCAUGCCUCGCUUUAACGUGGCCGAGGCCUCCGUCCACACGGCGGCGCUGGAGAGCCUGCUGCUGAGGCACGCCUUCGACCCGGAUGCCUAUUCUCGGGCGGUUAGAGAGACGCGUCCGGAGCUGGAGUGCAUGACGGAGGAGUGCGUGAGCCCCCGGCGGUCCCGGCUCUGCGUGUCGGGUCAGGACUCGCUGGCACCCUCGCUCCAGCGGCUCUCCAUGUGCGGCUACGUGGGCGGGCUUUCUGAAAACUCUCUAGGGGCGAGGUUGGGCGAAGGACCCGGUGACGAAAGGGAGUAUGUGACUCCCGAUUGGACUGAGGACGAGUUGAGGACCAAUGAGGAAAUCCCUUAUGAAGAACUCUGGACCAAUCAGAAUGCGGAGAGUUUGGGGAAAGAACCAAACCUCAUUUCCUUCCACACGUCUUCCUCGUUGGACGGGUCUCUUGGUACCGUGGUGACCAGAGUGUCUACCCCGCCACCUAUACCUCCAAAAUCUGAUGCUGUGAGGGAGGAGUGCCGCUACUUGCUCGCCCCUCCGGUGCCGCCUCGCUGCUCUAAAGAAGGCUCCGUCUCCAGUCCGACCCCCAGCCCGCCGGUUCCGCCUCGCUUCCCCAAAACCUCCACCUCCCCGAGGCCAAACCUCUCCUUCUAUUCCUCCGGACUGCAGGACAGCUGCUCCCCCUCUCCGGACGCCACCCUCUACUGCUACCCAUGUUCCUGGGCCGACUGUCCCGCUCCUAACCCGGCCAGUCCGGACCCGGCCUCCACCGCCCCUGCAGAAAACACAUCCAGCUCUCAGCCUGCGCAGGCCACCUGGGCGGAGCCCUGGGUGGAGUCCUUCACAUCCCCCACACCCCGACUCCGGCCGCCGCCCCCACAGAGCCGAUUCGCACCGUUUGGCGCGUUGAACCCCUUCAACCGCCAGUCGCCUUGCCCAUCACCCGAACCCGUGACAAAUGAUUCCUCCAGAGGCGCGGAAGGCGGCGGGACAUCAUCGAGUGCUGCUGAUGGGUCCCCCUCUCCUCCUGACCCCACCUGGAGGCCACCCAGUGACCUUUCUGCUCUGUCACUGGAGGAGGUGUCAGCGUGCCUGCGGUUCAUCGGCCUGCCGGAGGCGGCGGUGGCCGUCUUCCAGAGGGAGCGGAUCGACGGCAGCCUUUUGGUGCAACUGACUGAAGACAUUCUAUCACACGACUUCCACCUGAGCCGCCUCCAUGUGACCAAAAUCACCCAGUUCAUCCAAGGCUGGAGGCCCAAAAUCUAACCCUACCACCCGAGUAAUGUGCCUGAUGGCGACUCAGCCGUCCUGAAUGUGCCUUCCACUGUGACCCACUGGCUGCUGAGCCCCUAAUGAAACCACGCCCCCCUGUGGCUAAACUGCAGAACUGAUUCUUCACUCUAACUGCAGAUUUUAAUUUGAUUUUUCUCUGAAUUUCAGACUGGAAGUAGUUUACUAACAUUGGCUCCAGGUGAGAAUUGAAUAGACAAAAAUUCCCGCUUUAGUUUUUAUUUUAAUUUUCGACAGAACAGCCUUUAGACACCAGGCGGAGUUCAGGGGCCAUGAAACAGGAAAAAAAAACAUUUUAUUUGAAGUGGGUGUGCAUAAGACUGACAUGUUGCAGUCAUAAACAUGAAAUACGCGUCAUGAAUGUGCAAGACUGUUGUCCUUAAGUGUCACUCAGUAAACAAUGACAUUUUUAAUGAAAAGUCACAUAAAAAGUGUCACUUUUAUUGUAAAGUUUCAUUAAACGUUGUAAAUAGUGACACUUUUAAUGUGACUUUUCAUUGAAAGAAUCAUUAUUUCCAACUUUUAAAGCAACUUUGCACUAAAAGUGACACUUUCAUUGUGACUUUGCAUUAAAAGACACUCUUAAUGCAGUUUUGCAGAAAACGUGACACUUCGAUUGCAACUUUGCAUUAAAGGUGUCUCUAUUUACAACUUUUAAUGAAACUUUGCAUUAAAGUUGUCUCUUUAAAUGCACUUUUGGAUUAAUAGUUACUCUUUUCACACGACUUUGUAUUAAUAAAUGUCAUUAUUUACCGAAUGACACUUGCUGACAACAACCCUUCAAACACAGUGUUCCCAAAAAACCAUUGAAAAUUCAAAAAUGCUUUUUUGACCCCAAAGGAAAAUUAAAUGUUGUUUUAACUCAUGUUAAUUCAACAUUAUUCAGAGUUCUUGUAAAUGUGGGCAGGAAGGAUCUCCUGUAGCAGUAUGUGUCACGGUGAAUUUGAGGAAGCUUCUGACUGAAGAUGCUCUGUUUUUCAAUGACAUUUUCAAUAUCUUGGAAGAAGGCAAAAAUUAUUUUGACUUUUUUUUGUAAUUUCUAGUUAUUAUUAUUAUCAUUGUUAUGAUAGGUACUCAAUGAGUUUUGGUUGAUUAAACCUAAACUUAUGACCAGUAGGACGAGUAAAACUGAAAAUAUCCUUCAAACUGGUUUCCCUUGAGCUUCUGUGGGAUACAACUGGAAUGAAUGGGGGAGCUUAGGAGCUAAAAAAACAACAACAGCUAGUUAAACUAAAUGAAUACAAUAAAAACAAAUACAACGUGUUGUUAACUCUAUAAGUAAAAAAUUGGGGUUAAAUGUUCAGCCAUGAGUGUCUGGGCUUUUCUGUGCUUCACUGCAUUGGCACUGCGGGGAAUCACAGCAUAACAUUAUCGAUAAUUUUAGUUACAUUAAUUUGCUUCAAUGACACAUUAAUCUGUUUUUAGUUUCCCCAAACCUGAGAAAUUAGUUUUUAUGAUAUACCUCAAAUUUCUUGUUCUGUUAUGCUUUAUUUACCCAAAUAAAUGUAACUACAAUUAAA